AUGACGGCACUGUUCUAUCAAUCGUAUUGGUCAACUGUUGGCAAGGAUGUGGUGGCAGCUGUUAAAAGUUUCUUCCAUUCUUCCCACCUCCUUCGUUCAAUGAACCAGACACUAAUUACAUUGAUCCUAAAGGUGGGUCGCCCUACCAUGCCAGAAAAUCAGAGUGCUUUUGUUGGUGGUAGGCAAAUCUUGGACAGUAUUCUUAUUGCGCAUGAGAUUAUGCACUCCUUAAAGAAUAGACGGUAUGGGAGGAAAGGGUGGGUUGCUUUAAAGUUGGAUAUGGCCAAGGCUUUUGAUCGCAAAGAGUGGUCUUAUUUGGAAUCAGUUCUACGCAAGUUUGGGUUCAAUGAAACAUGGAUCAGGUGGGUUAUGUCUUGCAUCACCAGAGAAGCCACAUCCUUAGGGUGUCAUGCCAUUGAUGAAAUCUUGCGGAAAUAUGAGAUAGCUUUUGGCCAAAUGGUGAAUAGAGAUAAGUCCUCUUUGUUUUUUAGUCCUAAUACUCCAGCGGACGUGAAUCAAGGGAUCUCGGAGGCUCUUAAUAUUCGCUUUGAGAAUCAUGGUGGGAAGUAUUUGGGUUUACCAUCUAUUAUUGGCAGAUCGAAAACUGGUGUCUUCCAAUAUGUUAAAGAUCGGGGAGGGCUUGGCUUCUGUGAUUUUCAUGAUUUCAAUUUGGCUUUGCUAAACAAGGAUGACAUUUGGUUAAUGGCCUCGGUUCUCUAUUCCAACGCCUCCUGCCCAAAGUUAGCCUCCUGGGCUUGGAGGAGUAUUUGUGCGGGUCGAACAGUGUUGCGAAAAGGGUGGAGAUGGUGCAUUGUUGAUGGUAAAGCUAUUAAUAUUUGGCAUGAUCCUUGGCUUCCCCGUUCACUUAACUUUCGUGAGCUUAGUCCCGCCGCACCAGUGGAUUCUCUCUGUCACAGUGUCACUCAAGUCUCUGAUCUUAUUGAUGAGGUAACUCACUCUUGGAAUAUCCCUUUAAUCAAAGCUUUAUUUUCUGAUAUUGAUGUGGAAGUUAUUCUUUCUAUUCCAAUUAGCUCUCAUGGUGCUCCGGAUAAAGGGGAAUGGCACUAUAUAGAUAAUGGUUUAUUUUCAGUCAAAUCGGCAUAUCGCUUGACGAGAUCUAGCAAUGUUCCACACAACUCUAGAGAGAGGAGAAUCCAGUUCAGGCUCUUCACAGGAUGGUAUUUGGAGACUAAUCUGGUCCCCGACAAGAAUAAAAUGUUUUUAUGGCGAUACUCUCACAAUGCUCUUGCGGUGUUAUUUAAUCUUUUCAAGAAAAAGAUUGAUGUUUCUCCUUACUGUCUGAGGUGUAAUUCUGCAUUUGAAACUAUCGAGCAUCUUUUUUUUCAGUGUAAAUCAUCCAAGGAGGUGUGGGAAAAUUCCCUCUUUGCUAAUGCUGUCUCACCCUUCUGGGAUUCUCUCUCAUUUAUUGAAUGGUGGAUUGGUAUGGUCCAAUUGGUUCGUAAUUCUAGUGGAGUGGAAGAUCUCCAUGUUAUUUUAGCCAUUUUGUGCUGGAUGUUAUGGAAGGGGAGGAACACUGCCUACUUUGAUAAAAAGUUCUGGACUUGCUCUACUAUAGUUGAAAAAGCGAUCACCCCAUGCGAGGAGUUCAAGGCAUCUACAGACCCCUCGUCCUGGCUUCUCCCUCCACCUAAUGCUAUUAAACAUAAUGUUGACGGUGCAGUUAAUAAGAAGAAUGACAUUUCUAGUGUGGGUAUUGUAGCAAGGAACCAUUUUGGUGAAAUUUUGAGGUCUAUUUCGAUUCCUUUUGCUGGUUUCUUAUCGCCACAUUCUACUGAGGCUUUGGGAUUUCGUUAA